AUUGGAUACUUAUAUGAAUUUAUUUGGAAGUAAAACUCAUUGAGAAAACCAGCAUGGUGUAAUUAUUUGAAUGUUCUAUUAUUACUCUGGAGACUAGGAUUCAGAUUCAUGUUUGGUCAUGGAAACCCACUUUGGCAAGUCAAAUUUUCUCAGCCUCAGAGAAGGCAAAAACUACCCUCCUCUGAACAAAUCUUGCCAAGAAGAUCCCAUGAUAGGUUUGCAUGAGGGUUGGCAUAGGUCAGGCAAUACUUCUUUGGGGUUGGGUUUGAAUAGACAUGCUUAUGUUUGGAGCUUGGAUAUAUUUCUCAGCUGUCGGCUCCACACAUAAUAUAUGUCAUGUAGUAAGAAAUAAUUUAAUCCUCAUUAUGCACCUCAGAAAAUGAUGGACUCAAAUCUAUGUUUUGAUAUAAAGUACUUACUUACUAAGGUGAUUCCUCGUAGUUCGAGGACAAUGGUCUUCCAUCUCUGGGGUCUUGAGGAUGAGUUCUUAGGUGGCUGAAGAGACCUGUUCUUGAGCUGCAUGUUCUCCCACAGUGAGGACAUCGGUUUCCAGGUGGAAAGCGGUCCCGGUCAGGGUUGGCUUGACGGGCCUUCCUCUUGGCACGUUUCUUCCUUAAGCCCUCCAUUCGUGCCUCUUCGAACUCCGCAGCACUGCUGGUCAUAGCUGACUUCCAAUUAGAGUGCUCAAGGGCUUCCCAGUUGUCAGUGUCUAUGCCACAGUUUUUAAGGUUGGCUUUAAGCCCAUCUUUAAAUCUCUUUUCCUGCCCACCAACAUUAUAUUUUCCCGUUCUUGAGUUGGGAGUAGAGUAACUGCGUUGGGAGAUGGUGAUCGGGCAUUCGGACAACGUGGCCAGUCCAGCGGUGGUCUUUGCUUCUUCCAGCAUGCUGACAUUUGUCCGCCGUUCUUCCCAAGAGAUUUGCAGGAUUUUUCUGAGGCAAUGCUGAUGGAAUCGUUCCAGGAGUUGAGUGUGACGUCUGUAGACCGUCCAUGUUUCGCAGGCGUAGAGCAGAGUUGGGAGGACAAUGGCUUUAUAAACGAGCACCUUGGUGUCUCUACGGAUAUCCCAAUCAUCAAACACUCUCUGCUUCAUUCAGAAAAAUGCUGCAGAGCUCAGGCAAUGUUGUAUUUUGGUGUCAAUGUUGACUUUUGUGGAGAGGUAGCUGCCAAGGUAGCAGAAAUGGUCAACGUUUUCUAAUGUGACACCAUUAAGCUGUAUUCCUGGCAUUGCAGAGGGAGUAGCUGGUGCCUGUUGGAAGAGCACUUUGGUUUUCUCGAUGUUCAGUGAGAGGCCGAGCUUCUUGUAUGCUUCUGCAAAGGUGUUUAGAGUGGCUUGUAGGUCUUCUUCUGAAUGCGCACAGACUACGUUGUCAUCAGCAUAUUGGAGUUCUAUAAUAGAUGUUGUGGUGGCCUUGGUUUUGGCUUUCAGUCUGCUGAGGUUAAAUAGCUUGCCAUCUGUCCGAUAGAUGAUUUCCACUCCAGUGGGAAGCUUCCCAUCAACAAGGUGAAGUAGCAUAGCGAUGAAGAUGGAAAAUAAGGUAGGGGCAAUAACACAUCCCUGCUUGACACCCGAUUCCACCUUAAAUGGGUCACUUUGGGAACCAUUGCUGUCCAAGACUGUUGCCAUCAUGUCAUCAUGGAGGAGCCGCAGGAUGUUCACAAAUUUGUCAGGGUACCCGAUUUUUUUGGAGUAUGGUCCAGAGUACACUGGCAUAUUCAUUAUGCCUUUCAGGAGAAGCAAUUUGCUGACAUUUAGCAAAGUUGAUCUAACUUAUCGCUUACAAUAUCUUAACAACUAUAUUAAUGAUUAACAUACCUCCUCACUGUGAAAUUUUAAUCUUAAUAAUGUUACACCCUAUUGAUAAAUUUACUGGUACUGAAAACCUUAGAGGGAGUGUCAUUAUAUAGACAGAAAAAUGUGGGAAGAGGGACUUUAUUUUUCAAAGCACAAAACUCUACAUUUAAUCGUUUUGGUAUAUUCUAUAUUUUGAUUCAAUCUCUUACACACUUCUGAAAGUUAAUUCAUAUUUUAAUUUAUAAUUCAAAUCAGAUGCCCUUUUACUUUGUGUUUUUAGCUGUUUGUUUGCUAGCCUAAGCAAAAAUGUAAUGGUCUUAAUGGUUUCCAGUUUUGCAGAAAGCGAAUUUUGGUUUUAGUAUUUCAAGUAAUGGUCACUUUGUACUAAGCCAGCUGUAUGAUGAUGAUCAUAGAUAUGAGCUGAGAAAGAACAUUCUUGUGAGAUAGGCCAGCUUGUAAGUGGGGCAGAAAUGUAAAUUGUCAAACAUAGAGCUAACAACUUACCUUUCUCCAUAAACAGCAUUUCAGUGGAAUUAUUUUGUUUCUGCCAUAAUUUGCAUUGCUUGCACAUGCUUCUGUGCAUUCGUGUGUGCAUCCAUUUGGCAAAUAAUUGUUUUUUGAAGUCUUGAAGAAUUUUUAGGCCCUUCCAUUCCUUAAACGUCUUACUGCUGUACUCUGAGUAGUAAAUGACUAAAUAUUUUACUGUCUCCUUAAAUGAAUUCUUGAUAAGCUCAUUUUUAAAAGUUGGAUCCUUUAUUAAGUCUUCAUCUUAGCAAGCAAAGUACAUUUUUCCGUAGAAUUUUGUUAGAUGGUAUGGGCUAUAACAUCUUAAAUAGUGUUGUCUCUGUGGUGGAAGUAGCUGCUAAAUCUACAGAGUUGCUCACAAUAUUGCAAUUUAAAUCUAUAAUAUAUAAAUAUUAAAAUAGAAUUAAACAUACAAAUCAGUUUAAAACACUUGAAAUGCCUAAAAACAGUUAAAAUACCCUACACACACCUCGGUUCACUCUUUCUCACUUUCUUGUUUAAAUGCCUGCCUAAAUAAAUAAAAAAUACCUUAUUUAUUGUAUCUUUGAAAGUCAUUUAGUUUAAUCCCCCAUUUCAAAAAAAUCAUUAAAGACAUAUUUUACUUUACUUGACAUCAAAUGAUCAGUUCUGAUCUGAACAUUAAUAAUUGUGAUUAGUAUUUAAGGCCCAGUUGAGACAUAGAAUUCCUGAUUUGUUAAGACAUUUUUAACAAAUGGAGCAAGCAUUACUUUCAUUCCCUUACGUGCACAUCUUUGCAUAUUAUUUGUGAUUAACUUAAAUUGCAGCUUCAUCUAAAAUGGGGAACUAUGAUUUAAUGUUACUUUAACAACCAGAUUCUUAAACUAUGUUCAAACUGUUUUAAGAUCCUGUUCAGUAAAUGCACUCUGAAUUGUAAUUAAUUUUUUACCAUGAGGUAAGGACCUACCGUAUUUUUCGCUUUAUAAGACGCACUUUUUCCCCCCCAAAAUAGAGGGGAAAAGUCAGUGCGUCUUAUAAACGCAAUAUGACCUCACGUGGGCGGAGCUAGAGGGAUUGUGUGGUUACCUGGGUGACCUGGGGAGCGCGAUCUCGCUGCUGCCGCUGACAGUGUUGAAGAGCAGCAGCAGCGCGAUCCUGCUCCCCGGCCACCACUGUCACCACACGCCAACCUCUCCCCGCAGAACAGAACAGCAGGUCCGCAAUGCCGCCGCGCCUCACGAACACUAGAGGAGCCCGGCUGUCAUACACGGCCAGGCCCCUGUAGUAGCUGCCGGCAGUGAUAACCCUUUAGACGCCGCUGUCUGUACGUCCCUUUCAGAGGCCCCUACGUCACGGCCCUCUGAAAGCAGGCUGCGCGAAUGAGUCGGAGCCGCCCGCAACACAAAAUUUGGGGCAAUGGGUCCAGCAUGAAAGGCGCGCCGGGCGGCCCGAAAGAGCGGCCCGGAGGAGGAGAAGGACGAGGCAGGAGGGCCAGAGGAGCCCGAGGAGGAGGCACCGCGCCCGCCAUCGGGCCCGCCCGGAGCCUGCUCUCCCAGGCGGCGGCGAGGAGGAGGAAGAGGCGGGCGCCCUCCGCGUGGCCAAGAUGAUGGUGCACUGCGCCGGCUGCGAGCGGCCCAUCCUCGACCGCUUUCUCCUCAACGUCCUCGACCGGGCCUGGCACAUCAAGUGCGUCCAGUGCUGCGAGUGCAAGUGCAACCUCACCGAGAAGUGCUUCUCCCGCGAAGGGAAGCUCUACUGGAAGAAUGACUUUCCUCCUCUGAAAACUAGGUUGAUUCACCAAUGAACUUGAAGCAUCCUCAUGAUUUAGUGAUACUAAUGAGACAAGAAACAACUGUUAACUACCUCAAAGAGCUGGAGAAACAAUUGGUUGCUCAAAAGAUCCAUAUAGAAGAAAAUGAGGAUCGAGAUACAGGACUUGAACAAAGACAUAAUAAAGAAGAUCCAGACUGCAUUAAAGCGAAGGUGCCCUUGGGGGACUUGGAUCUCUAUGAUGGCACAUAUAUUACCUUAGAAAGCAAAGAUAUCAGCCCUGAAGACCAUAUAGACAGAAAGUCUUCUUUACCUCCAGACCUGGAACAGCCAGAAUGUACAAAAAUUCUAGAUCUUCCAUAUAGUAUUCAUGCUUUCCAACACUUAAGAGGUAUUCAAGAAAGAGUUAAUCUUUCAGCACCCUUGUUACCUAAAGAGGACCCCAUAUUGACUUACUUAUCCAGACGGUUAGGAAGAAACAUAGAAGAGAUUGGUCAUCGCAUUUAUGAAGGCCUCAUGAAGAAUUCUUCUUCCUGGGUAUUAUAUAAUAUGGCUUCUUUUUAUUGGCGAAUAAAGAAUGAGCCACAUCAAGUUGUGGAGUGUGCCAUGCGGGCUCUACAUUUUUCUAGCAGACACAAUAAAGAUAUUGCACUGAUAAACUUGGCGAAUGUGUUACACAGAGCACACUUCUCUGCUGAUGCAGCAAUUGUAGUUCACGCAGCUCUGGAUUACAGUGAUGUCUUCACCAGCUAUUACACUUUAGGAAACAUAUAUGCAAUGCUUGGGGAAUACAACCACUCAGUACUGUGUUAUGAUCAUGCUUUACAGGCCAAACCAGGCUUUGAGCAAGCAAUUAAAAGAAAGCAUGCGGUUCUUUGCCAGCAAAAGCUUGAGCAGAAACUGGAGGCUCAGCAUAGAUCACUUCAACGAACAUUGAAUGAACUGAAGGAAUAUCAGAAGCAGCAUGACCAUUAUUUGAGGCAACAAGAGAUCUUAGAAAAGCACAAGCUGAUUCAGGAAGAGCAAAUCCUGAGGAACAUUAUCCAUGAGACACAAAUGGCAAAAGAGGCACAACUAGGGAACCACCAGAUUUGUCGCCUGGGAAAUCAGCAGCACAGUUUGCAUUGCCAGUGGGACCAACCUGUUCGUUAUCAUCGCGGUGAUAUGUUUGAAAAUGUUGAAUAUGUCGAGUUUGGUGGUGAUGUCUCCAUUUCCAGUAUGACGACCAUGCAUUCUGAGCUUCUUGCCAACCACAGUGACUUUAGCCACUCUUUGGAGUCUUCCCCUUUGGUCCAUUCUGUCUUCUCAUUAUGGGGCUUGGAAUCUAAUGCUUACAGGCAGAACAUUAUGUGGCCUAAAAGAUCUGAUUGUGUACAAUCCUAUCCAGUUAUUCCUUCCCCAGAGGAACUACCAACCUAUUUCUUGCAUCCAGAAAACAGGGGACAAAGGGCCCAUUCCAUACUUAACAACCCAGGGGAGAGUCAUGCACAAACAGACGUCUAUGAGCCAGAUUGUUCUUCUAUUACUGAUGUGCAAAACAGUGAUUCGACAUAUUUGUUGACCAAAGAACUAGGCAGUCGUCUAGAUCUGGAUGUAAAGAUGCCUGAUGAUCAUGCAAAACAAAUAUUAUACUCUCGUAUGAACAAUCAGUCAGUCACGCAGCAACAAAUAGGAUCAUUCAUCCAUCAUGCUAUUGUAAAGGCAAGGGAACCUUUAUGGCUGGUGCUCAAUGAGGCUGGCCUUUACUGGCGUGCAUUUGGAAAUGGCACCUUUGCCUUCAGUUGCUUACGAAAAGCUUUUAACUUGACCCCACACGAAUUCCAAGAUAUUCCUUUAGUUAAUCUAGCAAAUCUUCUUAUUCAUUAUGGUCUUCAUCUGGAUGCCAGCAAGCUUCUACGGAAAGCUUUGGCUAUCAAUGGCUCUGAGCCCCUGACUUUCUUGAGCUUAGGUAAUGCCUAUUUGGCUCUGAAGAAUGUCAGUGGGGCAUUACAGGCUUUCAGGCAUGCCCUGGAUAUCGCUACAAAAUGUUUGGAAUGUGAGAAGAGCCUGAAACUGAUCCGCUGUUUGCAGUUCUAUCCAUUCUUGUACAACACCACUUCUUCCUCCUGCAGUGGCCACUGUCACGAAAAGAUUCAAGAUAACAGCCAUACCAAACAGAAGUACUUUGACAUGCAGGAUUCUGAUAUUGUAUUGAUGGAAGAAAAUCUUGAGUCAUCUCCAGAUGAUUCAACAGAUCUCAUUCACAGCUCCACAAGAGAGUCAUCUCCUUUGACCUUAGAGAGCACUCUAAUUGCUGAAAGCAAUGGCUCAGAAGAGGUAGAAAGUUUGGGAGAUGCUCAGAUGUCUGAAGAGAUGCUAGCCUUAGUAGAUGAGUUUGAGAACUCUUGGCCCCUUGAAGGCUUUGAAGGGGCCCUCGAAGUUAAAGGGCAUCGAAUGGACCUGCAAGGAAUCCGUGUCCUCAAGAAAGGUUCUCCAGAUGGACUAGCUAGCUCCUGUUUUGGAGAUUGUGGAGAUGAUGAUGAUGAUGAUGAAACUGAGUGGAUCACAUUCCAAGUAAAACGUGUAAAGAAACCCAAAAUGGGAAGUGUAGAUCUACAGGAGCCUGCAGGAAGAAAUGGAGAGGAAGGACUGAAUGGAGAAAAUGACAAUGUUUACCAAAUGGCACUGGAGAUCAGUGGGCCAAAAAUACCUUCUCCUGGGCCACCAGGAAAAAGGAGAGACUAUCUCAGCCUGGGCUGGCCAAGUCCUGAUGAGUGCCUAAAACUCCGCAGAGUAGAGCUUACUACAGUAGCCAGCACAUGGCUAGCUGUUUCUGCUAAAAAUAUUGAUAUAACAGAGCACAUAGAUUUUGCCACUCAGCUUCAAGAACCAGCCAUGGAGCCUCUCUGCAAUGCCAAUCUGCCUGCGAGCAUGCACACCCUGGAUCACCUACAGGGUGUUGCCAAUCGAGCCAGUCUUCAUUACUUGGGAGAGAGUCAGCUAAAAGAGGUACUGCAGAAUCUGGGAAAAGACCAUUAUCCGCCACAGUCCUUAGAACAAGUUGGAACUCGAAUAGCCAAAGUUCUAGAAAAGAAUCAAACCUCGUGGGUCCUCUCCAGCAUGGCAGCGCUCUACUGGAGGGUAAAAGGUCAAGGAAAGAAAGCAAUUGACUGCCUCCGGCAGGCCUUACAUCAUACGCCAUACCACAUGAAGGAUGUGCCACUCAUAAGCCUAGCAAACAUCUUCCACAAUGCAAAGCUUUGGAAUGAUGCCAUCGUUGUGGCUACAAUGGCAGUAGAAAUCGCUCCACACUUUGUUGUCAAUCAUUUCACAUUGGCCAAUGUCUAUGUAGCAAUGGAGGAAUUCGAGAAGGCCAUGAGAUGGUAUGAAUCAACAUUGAAACUCCAGCCUGAAUUUGCACCAGCAAAGAAUCGAAUUCGUGCCAUUCAGUGUCAUUUACUCAUGAAAAAGGAGAGACGUUCGCCUUGAAAUCACAGUCUUCCGCCCUUUUUCUUGUAUUUGUUUUUUUUUUAAAACAACGAAAUCAUUGUUCACUAUUAUGCUUGUAAUGAGGUGUGCUAACACAAAUUCAGAAUCUGGGUCUUCAACUAAGAUUUGGGGAUUGUUGUUUUUUUCAUAAAGCUACACAUCUUUUUUUUUGGGGGGGGGAGGCUUUAGUAAGAACAAGCUCUUACCAAACAUCUGUAUGAUUAGAUAUCGAGCCCAAAAAUCUUCACAUUCCUGUGACCCAAUGUUUUCCAUCAUUCUCCAUUUGACGCCAGUGUAGACUGUAACCUGCUUCUUGUCUUAGCAUAUCUAUGAAAAUGCAAAGCACAUCAUUGCAGCAGACACUGUACGUAGCAAGAAGCCAUAAUUAGCUUUUCAUCCAUCAGGAAAACAUGUUCUUUCCCCUCACCCAGUCCAUAUUACAGCAUUACCAGCUCAGAGAUAGAUGUGAGAUAAGAAAGCAAGUGGUGGCAAGCCAUUUUUAAUGUGUUUAAGAACACAAAGCCUUUUUAUUGACUGUUGUUUUAUGGGGAAGAAACAGAAUCAUAUUCAGUGUGAAAUGGUAUUUUUGUUACAAAAAGAAAAGGGAAACAAAAGAAUCAAAGGGUUUUUAAAAAAAAUAUCAAUAUAUAUUUGAAGCCCUGGGCAGCCUUUAGCCUCUCUUUAUGAAUAAUAUGUUUUACCAAUUGCGUUUAAGGUGCAAAUGUUACAAGCAUGUGUAAACAUGCUUUUCUUCUCUGUGUGUCUCUGAAAGCUAGAGAAAGUCAGAGAAGCCAAGUGGUCUGUUUUCAAAUCAGCAUCCACCUGGGUCAGUAAAGGAUCUCAACUGAAUCAACAAAGGCACAGAACUUGGAACAAAAAUAAACAAUUAUGUUAAUGAACAGAA